AUGGCGGUUGCACUUUUGGCACAGCCCUUAUGUUCUUGGUGGGAGACGUUCGCCAGCGACACCGGCUUGCUCCUGUACGCGCUGGACAUAGCGGCGCAUGCCUCGGCCGCCUGCUGGCUGAUCCUCAGGAGGGACACCCUGACGCGGCUGGAGUCCCGGCUGUCCGGGUUCCGCUACCUGCCGCGCGAGCUGGCCGGCGUGCGGAAGCUGGUCGCGUGCCAGGCGGCACUGGUGCUUGCCUUCGUCGCCGUCGAUGCGCGCUUCUUCCUCUUCAGGACCCCGUCGUCGCCCGGGUCGGCGACGAGCGACCUGCUCUACCUCUGGAUGGUGAGCUCCACGUACGCGGUGAUCCUCAACUUCAACGCGUUGGUGCUGCUGGUGAGGACGCAGAUCGGCGCGGCGAACGGCGAGCUCCACCGCCUGGGGCGGGGCGACCCCUGCGGGCCCGUACUGCCCCGCCGAAUGGACCCCGCGAUGGAGACGGCGGUGGCGCAGGUCGCAGUGGCGCGCGGCGCCCUCCACGAGGUGGUCGCCGAUCUCAACUCCGCCUUCUCCAUUCCGCUCCUCACCCAGGUCACCAGGCUGUUCGUCCAGGCCGUGUUCUGCCUGUACAAGAUACUCCUCUCGGCGCUCGGCCGCAAGGAUGAGUUCUCGGACACGGACGGCCAAGCGUCCUUCAACAGCGUCGCGCAUUCCUGCGUGUUCGGUGUCUUCAUCGUGUACUUCUUGUGGCAGAUCGUCUUCAUUUGCGAGCAAGCUGUUCAAGAGCAUGACCGUACCCCAGCGUUGGUUCACAGAAUAAUAAACAAAACUUACAGGAAAGAAGCUAAGCAAAAGCUAGAAGAAUUUUCGCUACAAUUACUACACAGCAAAAUUAAGUUCAGUGCCUGCGGAUUUUUUCCUCUAGACUACUCUGUCAUUGGCUCAAUGGUUGGCGCCAUUACGACGUACCUUGUGGUUUUGGUACAGUUUCAACUAUCUUCUUCUGAACACGUACCUGCUAACAUUACAAACAUUACAAACAUUACAAAGUAACAUUAAACAAUAUAUAAUUAUGGUAUUAUUGUUAUAAAUAUAACAGGUGUUGAUAGCGUAACACUACAUUCAUAGCGUAAAAUUUCAAGUAAAAUAUAUGAUUAAUAUAACUAUAUCGUUAACUGUUCAUAUAUUAAGUAGUGAGGAAAAUUCCUGUAAAUAGUUUACAGUUAAUCAUGUAAGUCAAAAUAUACUGAAAGAAGAAAGCCCAAAAAAAAAAACGUACUUUGAACUAGUGCAUGUGUAGCCUGUUAUAAAAGGUAGGCUGAUAUAA